AAGUCGAUCAUUGCUCACUACAUCUGCGCAUCAACAACUGGAAGAAACAGACGACUCUAAAAACCGGAAUAGCCCACAGCAAGGGAAUGGGACGGAUGGUGUCAAAAACUGGAAUUAUACAGGAAGAAAGAGUCCGUAACAACGAUAACAGCAAAGUUGUAACACGUGCUUUUAGUUAUGUGGUUUAAUUUAUAACGAGCCCUCUGUAUAUAUAUAUAUAUAUAUAUAUAUUUUUUUUUUUACCGCAACGACUGUUGGGACAGUAUCAUAGGCGUCGUCAAUUUCCUCCCGAAACUCCUAGCUGUUUCAAUUUCAAGAAUUCAAACACAUUUGGAAGAGCUGCAGAUUCCCUACCUUGGGAUAUAUUGGUAUUUCUUUAAAACGAUCAGACCCAAUUGACAUCCAAUGGUAAGAGCUGCCUGGAUAGAUCUUCGCUAUGGAUGAACCUUGGAAAGGGACGAUCAAUUCUAUUUGAUUGCUCUAUAACGUCAGGCCAAUGUGGAGAGUCCCCAGAGACAACCGGUACCCACAGCCCCUCCCAUCCCUGUACUGAAUCCCCAGUGCAGAAUGAUCCAGGUUGGAGAAUGCCUAACACCCCUACUUCAGGAGUCAAACAACUAUGCAUAAGAACAACCAGACUAGCAAUCUGUUUUAAAAGGAUUUUCUCUGGAUUCAAAAGACUUCCUAGCCAGUGACUUAACAUUUAAAAUCCAAWUUUCUUGUGACAUUUAAGACUCUUCCAAGUGGUGGACAAGGUCAAAUCACCUUCCUAUCGAGCUGUGGAGAGGUGGCAGUAGUCGCCCAUGUGUAGCAAGAAAAUAGCUGCUGAUAGCGGAAUAACGUAGCCUCAGAUUGUCGGGGUUCGUUUCUUAACGGGGCGAGAGAUCCCACCGCUACCAGCAACGAGCCCCAGUCUGCCUCACUGAGUCACUCCACUCCCGUCCAAAGGCAGACACUCUAUCAAAUGGCAUGGGCCAAGUUCUUCAGGAAGCCGGGGGGCAAUCUUGCCAAAUCCUACCAGCCGGGGAGCAUGCUGUCUCUAGCCCCCACCAAAGGCCUGCUGAACGAGCCGGGGCAGAAUAGCUGCUUUCUCAACAGUGCGGUGCAGGUGCUGUGGCAGCUGGACAUCUUCAGACGCAGUCUGAGGCAGCUUCCUGGGCACUUCUGUCUCGGAGACUCUUGCAUCUUCUGUGCGUUGAAGGGCAUCUUCUCCCAGUURCAGCACAGUCGGGAGCGCGCUUUGCCCUCGGACAACCUGCGUCAUGCCCUGGCAGAGACCUUUAAGGACGAGCACCGCUUUCAGCUCGGUUUCAUGGACGAUGCUGCAGAGUGCUUCGAGAAUAUUCUGGAACGGAUCCACCUGCACAUUGUGCCUGAAGAGACAGAUGCCUGCACCUCCAAGUCCUGCAUCACACACCAGAAGUUUGCCAUGACACUCUACGAACAGUCUGUGUGCCGUAGCUGUGGGGCAUCCUCCGACCCCCUGCCCUUCACUGAGCUAGUGCAUUAUGUCUCCACCACUGCCCUCUGUCAACAGGUGUAUCAGAGGCGGGACGAGUCAUUUGGAGAGCUGCUGCAAGCGGCCAGCACCAUCGGGGAUUCCCGCAACUGUCCGAGUAACUGUGGCCAGAGGAUCAAGAUCCGCCGAGUCCUCAUGAACUCCCCGGAGAUCGUCACCAUCGGCUUCGUGUGGGACUCAGACCAGUCAGACCUCACGGAGGACGUCAUUCGCUCACUGGGGCCACACCUCAACCUCUCUGGGCUCUUCUACCGGGUGACAGACGAGCACGCCAAAAAGGGAGAGCUUCUAUUGGUUGGGAUGAUCUGUUACUCCAGUCGCCACUAUUGUGCCUUCGCCUUCCACACCAAGUCCGCCAAAUGGGUGUUCUUCGACGACGCCACAGUCAAAGAGAUUGGYACCCGGUGGAAAGAUGUGGUCACCAAAUGCACCAAAGGCCACUUCCAGCCCCUCCUCCUAUUCUACUCCAACCCAGAUGGCAGCGCCAUCUCCGUAGACGACACCUCGCGCCAGAACACUGACCACUCCUGCUACAAGUCCCCCGUCAACGGAGACGUCCAAGCUCCCUCCUCUCCACUUCCGGGCCCCAAGAAACUGGACCUGACCAGGGAGAACCUGAAUGCCCUGCUGGGCCCCAGCAGCUUCCAACCGAAUAGCCAGACCCCUUCCACCUUUACCAGGGGCAGUGGCCAGACUGGCGGAGGCCGUGGACCAGUGAAGCUGGGCACCAGUGAUCCUAAGAGCCGUCUGAAGGACAUCUCCAGAGAGGUGGUCAUGAAGGCAGGGGAGGUCCGGGGAAUGCACCCCUCCAGGAGAGACCAGGACAGGACAGACAGGAGGAGACAGGACGCCCGCUACCGAGAUCCAAUAUCAGAGAGAUACUCGCGCUCUGCCUCCCCGCCGGAGAARGGCUUCAAGCAGUACCUGGAUACGCGCCUGUAUGCCAGCCAGGGCAAAGGGCCCACCAGGACAGAGAGGACCCCCCACUUUGGCGGCAGGUGCUCCUCUCACGAGGGGCCUCCUCACUCCCAUUCCAGGGUCCAGGUACUACCAGCCCUGCCCAGCGGCAGCGAGGGCUCCGGUGGCGGCCAUUACAGCCGGAGACUAGAGCAGCUUUCUAACGGCUACGACACGGACAGCAGCCAGGAAUCGCGGGAGCGCCCUGGGAGCCGGGAGGGCGGCCGUAACUCCAGCUCCAGCAGCAGUAGCAGCAGCAGGCCAAGUCGGCCAUGGAAGCCCAUGCGCGAGGUGCUAAAUGUGGAUAGUGUGAUAAGCGGUGGUGGUGGAGGGAGUCAGGAGCACCGGCAGCACAGUCCCCACCGGAGACCCUCCACCCAGGAGAUGGCGCCAACCUCCCACGAAAGAGACAGGGAACAMGACCAGGACUUCACAUGGGGCGGGCGUGAGGAGCACAAGCCCAAGAGCCUGAUGACCAUCUACGAGGAUGAGCAGCGGCCKGAGACGGGCGAUAGCCGCAGUUCACUGGAGUCAGAGGGCAAGGACAGGUCAAAGGUCAGCACGCUGAAGGUGCGCAGCGACAACUGGAAGAUCCAGCGCACCGAGUCGGGAUACGAGAGCAGCGACCGGCUUAGCAACGGCUCGGCCAACCUGGACUCGCCCGUGGUGGAGAAUUUCACGUCCAAAGAGCUGAGGCCCAAACCUGAGGUACACCUGACAAGGGAUCCCUUCCCUCACCGGAGAGGUGACGACUCCAAGACUGACAUCUUGCACUCCUCUUUCUCCUAUGGUGAACACCCAGCAAAGUUUCCAGACCUGCAAGACGCACAUCUCCUAAAAUUGAGUCCAAGUUCACAAACAAGAAGAGCCUUCCGAUAUACGCAUGGAAUUCUGGAGAGGACGGAAGGUCUGGAUGACGAGCAGGAGGAUAACAUCGAUGGCAGCCCCAGCCCGGUCAGCCCUAUUCCCCCAUACCUGCCCAAGACCAGCAGCUCAGAGUGGAACAGCUAUGGCGACCUCGCCGGCUCCUUCUCCGAACAGGYAGAYACCAAGCCCCUGGUAACCAAAGACCGCUCCCCCCAGCCCCACUACCACAUCCUGGCCCCACUUCUCCCUCCCAAGACCAACAUCCACCGGUUGACAGACCAGUCGGGCUUCCGCGCUCCCCAGCUCCAGGAGCCCAUUUGCACAAGUGCCAGGAACGAGGCCAAAAACGGGCCGAUACUCUCCCAAACCAUCCUCCGCAGGUGGAUUGAGACGCCCGCCGACCACAAGCUCUCAUCGGACGCUAGCUCCAAGUCAGGCUCGUCGGACCAGGACCGGAACGAUCUGUCGGCCAGUGAGAGCGGAGAGGAGAAGUUUCCCAGUUCAGUGCCAGGGGACGACACGGACGACCUAGACUCCCCGGUGACAGGGGAGAUGGUUCUACCUAUGGGCCUCCCCACCACCUACUUCUCUGUGGACAAUUGUAUGACAGACACAUACCGGGCAAAAUACCACCAGAGGCCCGCCCUGUACYUGAUGACGAACGCUAAAGGCGGGGAACAACACGUGUCGUCUGGUGAGAGUGACCUGGGAGAGGGGGGACUCCCCAUCCCAGAGGCCCAACCUACAGAGCCCCCUAAGAGCCAGCCUGAAUCAGGUUACUACUCCAGUAAAACUAUAGCUAAAUGGAAUCCUGUUACACCCAAAGGACUUGAUGAACAUGGGUUUCUAUGAUGGAAAGUCUACUGUUGAAGAGGCCUGGUACGAAAGCAACAGUUAGAAAAAAUGUCAUCUCCUACAAGUUUUGAAUCCUCUUGCGGUGAUGCUUAUUUGCUUGUAGAGAUGUCAUAUCAGAAGACAGACAUGAAUCUGGAAUGCCAAAGAGAUUGGUAACUCCCAGAGGCAGCAAAAGUCUGAAGAGUAUUCUUCAGUUCAGCAGUAGUCUCAGGAGUCCACGCCUGCACAACGGUCUUCAUGUGAUUGUGAUUGUGGCCACUAGAUGGCAGCAGCAGUAAUUGUGGAUUUGCACAGUAGAAAGCCAAAAAUAAAUUACGAAAGAGGAUCCAAACCUAGGAUGGUUCUUGGUCGAUGCAGGGACCUGCUCGAACUUACUUCCAAGGUCAUUCACAGGUUGGCUCACUGAAGAAUGUCUCCCACGAAACCACUUUUCCCCUCCAGAGAUGAUCAAAUAAACUAAAUGUAACAAUGACAAUAACUCAUCURUAACCAAUUUACACUUUAGCCAGAAAAUCUAUGAAAUGCUUGUAUUUAUUUCUCGAAUUACGGUCAUUUCAUUGUUCUACAGUGACUGCGCAACUUCUGCCUAUGUAACAAUGUAACAAGGUGAGGUAAAUCCUCCUUGAGCAGGUUUUUACUUUGAAUGUCCAGUGUUGAUGCAGUCAUGGAAUAAGGGAGAUUCAGUUUGUGUACACUUAUGCGUUGUUUUUGUUGGAGCACUACUUUAAAAUAAGUCCCAAGGGUUCCCCCUAUGUGGCCACAGAGGCACCUGGUGUUAGGUGAAUCUGUUCCAGUCCGAGGUUGAAUGAGUGUUUUAAAGGCCCAGUGCAGUCAAACUUGCUUUCCCUGUGUUUUAUACAGUAUAUAUUUCCACACUGUUGGAAUAAUAC